UUUUAAAACAUUUUGCCUCAACUAGUCUUCAAUAAUUUUAAAGCUUUCGGGUGAAAGAGUCUCAAAUGAUACGACAAUGUUGAUUAAAAUACUUUUUGUGUUAAAUGUAUUAGUGAUAGUUACAUGUUUUAAUCAAGCCCUUGUAGGGCAGUCUGUGCUUUAUGGAAUAUUAUAUCUAGCGAAAGAAAAUGGCAAUUUUUCGGUCUGUCAUAAAGAAUUGUCGAAUUUUUACGAUGCAGUGGAAGCCCAGAAAACCUGGGCCUUGAAAGCUCUCGAUGCUAGCGGUAGCCCCGGGUCUGGUUUCUUCUACGGAAAUAACUUAUGGUUGGGCUCUUAUGCCCAAUGUGAGGACUUAUCAAACACCAAACCCUUUGAAAUAAGUUACGAGAGUGUUAAACGCCUCAAUGUCACCCCUUACGACUUUCCUCCAUUUAAUUUAGGUUUCGUCGUGGCUUAUUUCGAACAUAACAGCACGAUGCAGCACCAUACUCAACUACCUUUGGAGUUUACAUUACAACUUGGACUGUGUAUCCCCCAAAUUUGCUCAUCUGAUGAUAUACAACCCUUACUCGAGAAUUAUGUUAAUCAACGAUAUUUAACGGUGCAAAACUUAUAUAAUCUGAAUUUAAAUCUCACAAUGGUUAGAUCAUUAGAACCGGUCGGAUUUUGGUUACUUAAGUUACCAAAAACUAUAAUUUUACUAUCAAUGGUCUUUGUGAUGCUAAUUUUGACAAUCAUUGGCACAUGCUACGACGUCAGGAGGCACAAACUGGCAAAAAAUUUAAUUACAGGACAUCGAGGAACUCUCACAGGAAAACAAAGCUCGAAUGAACAAAUUUUAGCUUCAGAAGUUGAACUUGUUUCCAAUUCGUCCUCAGAAGUCGAGAAUAUAAGCACCUUUGCCACAAUUUUGAAAUGUUUCUCAAUGUAUUCAAACGUGAAAAAUCUGGUAAAAACCGACUUGCCACCUGAUUCUGUUUCGGUCAUUCAUGGUCUCAAAUUUUUCGGGAUGCUAUGGGUGAUCAUGGUACACGCAGUUUUUUAUCAAUCGGAUUAUUUGAAUAACGUUCCAACCGCAUACAGAUUAUCGGAAGAUAUUUUUGCUCAAAUAUUGAGCAAUUCUACAUACUCUGUGGACACGUAUUUAUUUUUGAGUGGAUUUUUAUUGGCCUACUUAUUUUUUAAAUCGAGAACGAAAUAUGAGACAGAUCAGAAAAAACCUGAACCGAUUUUUCGAAAAAUUUCCCAAUUUUUUAUGAUGUUUCUCAACAGAUUUUUAAGAUUAACACCACCUUACGUAUUUAUAAUUUUGAUGACGGAUGUGAUGUAUACUUACUACCGCAAAGCUUCGGUUCUUUAUUCUAGCGAACAUAAUGAAGAGCUUUGCCCGAAAUAUUGGUGGAGAAAUUUGUUGUACAUUAAUAAUUUAUAUCCAAGAUCAGAAAUGUGCCUAAGCUGGUCAUGGUAUCUAUCCGUCGACACCCAAUUUUUUACAAUUGUUACAUUCUUACUUAUCUUAUCAACGAGCAAAUUUAAAAUUUCAGCUGCUUUAACAGUUCUGUUAAUCAUUGGAAAUGUGUUGGCUACGACUUACAAGUCUUACACUAUUAGAUACAUUCCAACAAUGGAUGAGCAACUGACUGAACUUGACGCAAUUUAUGACUUGCCCUGGAACAGAAUUGGACCAUAUUUAAUUGGAGUUAUUACGGCUUACAUUUACGUAAUUAAAUUAAAACAAAAAUUAAUUUUGAAAGAAAGAACCAGAAUUAUGUUAUGGAUUUUGUUUCCUCUCCUCAAUUUAUGGAUUUUGUUUACUUUGUACACUAGGAAUUUAUCAGUCGAGUUUUCAGCAAUUUACAUGGGAGUAUCAAGGACUCUAUGGGGGAUUGGGUUGGGAUGGCUUAUCAUAGCUUGUUCUACAGGAAAUGCACGUAAGUCAAACCGCGAACCUGUCAGUGGAAAAAUUUUGAAAAAUUAUAUUGUAGGAGCUUUAGAGAAAUUUCUUUCAUUUCGGGGCUGGAUUCCUCUAAGUCGUUUAACAUACUGUGCAUAUUUGUUAAAUCCUCUUCUGGCUAAUAUGAUAUACAUGGGAUCUAAUAGUAGUUUAAAUGCCUCGAAAGCUUCUUUCGGUGUCACAACUCAAGGAGUCGCUAUGUCUACUUACUUUCUGGCAUUCUUUAUGUCAGUGUUAAUUGAAUCACCCAGUAUUUUACUUACAAAAAUGAUGUUUAAUAAGUUGACUAAAUCAAAAAAUGCGAGCGCUGCUUAAAAUUAGUUUUUGUAUACCUGAAUGUCUGUGAUUUUAAAUUGUAUAGUUAUUUUUCUACCAAUAAAAAUGCUGAAAAUUAUUGUUUUCAA